AUGAAAAAGAAUUUGGAUGAUUUUCGAAUACUUAUAAAAAACGUGAACGUUCACAUAAUUGCUGUGUCUGAAACCUGGUUCAAACCACAUCACAACUCCAAUGCGUUAAAUAUUCCAGGCUUCUCAUUGUAUCGUCAUGAUCGAAAUAAUUUAUCUCGCUGUCGUGGGGGUGGAAUUGCGUUUUAUGUAAAAGACAACAUUAAGGCAAAAGUUGUAUCAAAAAGCAGACAUAACGGUUUAACUGAGUUUAUGUUCCUUGAACUGAGUGGAAUGAAUAAUCAAAAACUCAUCUUUGGUGUUGUGUAUAAUCCACCAAACACAUCAAAUUUUCAACCCCUUCUCAAUUCAAUAAACAAUUUAAUGUCAACUAGGUCUGAUAUUUUAAUCGUUGGUGAUUUCAACUCUAACAUGUUAAAUCAAUCACCUUCAACAAAGCGACUGCUUCACGAGUUUUCUAUGUUUGGUUUAGAAUGUCAUCAAUCGGAACCAACGAAUUUUUCAAAUAUAGCAAACCCAAAAACAUGCAACAACGAUAUUGUCAAAACUUAUCUUGACUACAAAAAUGUAGAUGAAAAUCUCUUGCUACAAGCAAUAUCGUUACAAAAUUGGGAUGAAUUAUAUAAGCUUUCUGCGAUUGAUGACCAAAUUAAAUUAAUAAAUAAUUUUAUAAAUGAAUUAAUGUCACAAGUAGUACCUUUUGAUAAACUUAAUCAACUGCCGAAAUUAUUAUCAUCAUUUAAGCAAUCAUGA